AGAACAAGAGUUCACCAAGAGCACCAACCCAAACAAUCAGCAACAUGAAAUUCGCCAUCGCCGUUGUCUUCACUCUGGCCCUCGCCAUGGGCGUGCAGUCGUCGGUGAUCCCUCUGCUGUCCCAGGUGGCUGGUCAUGGACUCUCCUACACCGCCGUCUCUGGACCCGCUGUGGUGGCCUCUCCUUGGGGUGUUCCGGCCGCCCACUGGCCCGCCGCCGUGACCGUCGGUGCCUGGCCCCCAGCAGCUAUCCAUGCCCCGGCCGCCGUGGCCGUUCAUGCCGCUGCCCCUGCUGUUGUGGCCGCUGCCCCAGCUCUCGCCGUGGCUCCGGUUGCCCAUGAGGGAGUCUACACCGCCCAGACCCGUGGCGCCGUGCACACCGCUCCUCUGGCCGGACACAUCCAGUCGGUGGCUUCCAUCAACGCUGCCCCCGCUCCCGGAACCCUGUAAAUGGAUUAAUUUCGAAAGAAAUUGAAACCCUUUGCCGAUUGGACCCACGCCUCUGCCUUGGAAACUGCCAUUUGAAGGGGGAACCCUCCCUUCAAUUUGUUUUGUAAAUACUUGUACAUAUAUUUUGAUAUAUAUAGACAGGGUACUCGCACCUAGCACCUGAACAGGAACAUCCAAAAAACAGAUCCAUCCAAAUUCCCUUUCGAAUCCUAGCACUCUGCCACAGUCACCUUAGUGUCUGUCUCUAUCUCUCGCUUAACUAUUUAUCUAGCAUACAUUUUCCAAGCAUUCCUGUGAAAAAUACACUGAAAACUUUCCUUUAUAAA